AUGGCCGGACCAUCAACCAACACCGCGCAACGAUUGCUGCGCGAGUUGAAAGACUACGCCAAAUCGCCCAAUGAGGCACUGCUACACCUCGGGCCAGUCGAUGACGAAGACCUCCUCCGGUGGGAAGCCGUCCUGAAGGGCGUAAACGGCACUCCGUACGAAGGUGGUCUUUGGCAUCUUCGAAUCGCAAUCCCACCAAACUAUCCCCUCGCACCGCCGACAAUCCAUUUUACGACCCGGAUAUCCCACCCGAACAUCUCCUUCGCGACCGGCGAGAUCUGUCUAACCCUUCUCACAACCGAGCACUGGAGUCCCGUCUACACGCUUUCGUCCACGCUCACCGCCAUCCACCAGCUCCUAACGGAUCCGCAACCAGACUCACCGCUGAACGUGGACGUCGCGGCGCUCCUUCGAGACGGUGAUUUGCCGGCGUGGGAGAGUGUGGUGCGGUAUUACACGGGUGAGGAGCGGUGGCAGGGUGGUGCGCCUCAAGGACGGUGA